AUGACGGCGGUGCUGAAGCUCUCCUCCGUGCUCGCCGUCUGCGCCUUAGUGCUGUCCCAGAUGGGGACCUCCUACGCAGUGCCCCUAAGGCCCGGCUCAGAGCUGGUCACAGACCAGGGGACCCUCAGCGAGUACGAGGCUCGGAGGUUAUUAAACGCGAUGCUGAACGAGUACCUCCAGUUGGCGGCGGAGGACCGCGAGCAGGCCAGCGAAGGCAAGAGCUUGGAUAGACCCAUUUCCAAACGCUGUGCCAACCUGAGCACUUGUGUGCUGGGCAAACUGUCUCAAGAAUUGCACAAAUUGCACACUUACCCUCGCACUGACGUCGGGGCUGGAACUCCUGGCAAGAAAAGGAAUGUGCUGAAUGACCUGGGAAAUGAACGCUAUGCAAACUACGAGGGAGGCCUCGGAAACAACUAGAUUGGCUCGAAUUUCCUUUCCCCUCUCUUAUUCCCCUCCUUGCCUUUUCUUUGCAUGUGGAUCUAACCUU